AUGACUAUUUUACAUUUAUAUUCAAUACCUCUAUUUAUUUUUACACUUUUUAUUUUUGGUAAUCCAUUUGUGUCUUAUAAAGAUAUGAAAUAUGUACUUGAAAAUCAAUAUUUAAUUGUACCUGUUCAUUUUAUUUUAACUGGUGAUCAAUCAUCAAGUAUGAUUAUAACACGUAUUCAUUUAAAUUCUACAUUUGUACAAACAAAGAAUGGAUAUUGGUUACAUGAUCCAUGA